GUCCCAGCGAUGGCGGCGGCCCAGGCGGAGGCGGGCAGUGCGCGUUCGGUCACGGCCGGGGCCGCGGGCGCUGCCAUGGGCGACGUGGGGCCCGUGGGCCCCGCCACGGCCGAGCUGGUGGCCGCGGGCCCCGCCGUGGACGGUGCGGAGCGCGGAGCGGGCGACGCCAUGGUGGCGGAGGAGCCGCCGGCGCCGCCGGCGCUGCCGGGGCUGCGGCUGGUGCAGCAGGGCGCCGAGGCGCACGUGUACCGCGGGCUCUUCCUCGGCCGGGCGGCCGUGGCCAAGCUCCGCGUCCCGAAGCGGUACCGACACCCCGCGCUGGAGGAGCGCCUCAGCCGGCGGCGCAUGGCCCAGGAGGCGAGGUCGCUGCUGCGGUGCCGGCGGGCAGGGAUUCCAGCUCCAGUGGUCUACUUUGUGGAUUAUGUCACCAACUCCAUCUAUCUUGAAGAUAUUGUAGACUCAAUUACUGUUCAGGAUCAUAUUUAUUCUGUACAAAAGAGUGGGACUGAUACCAGUGACCUCCAUAAGUUAGCAGAGAAGAUGGGUGAGCUGUUAGCAAGGAUGCACGAUGAGGAUAUUAUCCAUGGGGACCUCACAACUGCCAAUCUCCUCCUGCGGCCACCCACGGAGAAGCUGGACUUGGUGUUGAUAGACUUUGGACUCAGUUUUAUUUCAGGUCUUCCAGAGGAUAAAGGAGUUGAUUUGUAUGUUCUGGAAAAAGCCUUCAUUAGCACUCAUCCAGACACUGAAGCAAUGUUCCAAGCUCUGCUAAAGACCUAUGCAGCCACGUCUAAAAAAUCUGGUCCUGUGAUCAAAAAGCUGGAUGAGGUUCGGCUAAGGGGAAGGAAGAGAUCCAUGAUUGGUUAAAAGAGAGUGGGGUUAGGGAUGGAGAAAUAGUAGGUUUUGCAAGGAGGGUUAUUUAUAUUUCUAGUUGGUUUUAUUUCACAGAUCACUAUUUUGAUAACUGUGUCUUCAAAUAAAUAAACUUGAAAGAG